ACGCCAUCUAGUAAGUAAUACUUACACCAAUACUCAUAACGCACAUAUACCUGCUCUGCUGACUCGUCACCAAAAUCCGACGCAACGCCGAGUCGUCACUCCAACAACGCAAACGACGUCAUAUAUGCGUUCCAACCGCACACAUCACACACAAUAAAAAUAUAUUUCCUUACCAUUUAUGGUCGGACACAUCAAGUUCUUUUACUCUUCAUCAAGACGUUCAUUUACCGUCAACCCCUCCUCGGCACAAGACCCAACCAUCUUUCAGCGCGCCCAGCCACGGCUGCGGCUGCACAGUCCUUCAAGAUGCCACCGCUGCCGACGCCCGUCCUCAACCCCACCCAGCCCUACUGGCUCAAAGCCUUCCCAGGCGCCUCCAAGCCCGCCCCGCCGCGGCCUGCCUCCGCCUCCAACGGUGCCCGACGCCCCUCUCUUCCGCCUGUCGCGGAUGUGGUAAUCAUCGGCGGAGGUAUCUCGGGCGUCAGCGCUGCUUACCACCUGCGUAAGCUACGACCCGACCUGCAGGUGGUGCUGCUAGAGGCCCGGCAGCUGAGCCACGGAGCUACCGGUCGCAACGGGGGGCUGCUGUGGCCCGCUCUCAACGCCCCCUGGUGCCGCACCGUCGCCCGCUACGGCGCCUCCGAGACCGGCCGCAUGAUGGCCUUCGAGCAGCGCUGCCUGGCCGAGCUGGUGGGCUGCAUCCGGGGGGCGGGGCUGGCGGAGGAGGUGCGGUGGGCGCCCUUCAGUGAGGGCGGGCUGCAUGUGUGUGAGAGCGAGGAGGAGAUGGAGCUGCAGCUGCGGGAGCUGAGGACCAUGCAGGAGUUCGGUUUCCUCACCGACGCGCACCCGCUCUCCCGCCGCCAGACCUCCGCCCUGCUGGGCUGCGACACCUACCGGGGCGGGGCGGUACGGCAGCCGGGGGUGUCGCGGGUGUGGGCGGCUCGGCUGGUGGCUGCCCUCGCCCGGCUGGCAGCAGCUGAGGGGGG